AUGGAGACGAAAGUCAUGCAGGUUCAGCCAUAUGCAUUAAUUUCCCGUAUCGAUGCUUUAGAAAAUUAUUCUGUGUGCCGAACGAAAAAAAUUUGCUUCCUCAAGGAUAAAAAAUAUCAUCCAAUUCGUGAGAGUCCGGCUUCCAAUAGAAAAUUGUAUGUUGAAGAAAACGGAAAAUUUGUCCAGAUAAAAAUUUCGAAGUUUGCUGAAACAGAAAAAGAAUUAUUAAGCAUAGUCACCAGAAAAAGAAUCAUUAUUAAAGCUAAAAAAACUCACAGUCCAAAGGAAAAUAAAUCAAAAAAAGCAAAAAUCAAGGAACAACUUGGUAAAGAAAAGCAAUCAGCAAUUUCUGAAAAAAAAAAUAUCGUUAACUCCGUUAAAAGGGUUAAUGAUAGCAGCGAUGCUCAAUAUCGAGACGAACUUGAUGAACUUUUGAAUAAAACUUCGGCAUCUGAGGCAGAUUUGGACUCGCCAUUACAAUCUCAGUCCACAUUGAGAAAUUCUCAUUGUUCACAUGCAAAGCCUCGAUCUCAGCGAACAUCGAUAUCUUCAUCCAGGUCCAUAGCGACAGAUCUAUCACAUAGAAGUUCGAAAGCUCAAUCUCGACACGGGUCAAAGACUCUACCGCGAGAUCAAGGAUUCGAUCGCAGUCUGGAUCUAAAUCCCGAUCGCGGUCCAGAUCAAGGACUCGAUCGCAGUCUGAAUUAG